UACCACUUACUCAGCUUUCAAGGGCCAUUUUUAUCGUGUGCACAAUGCACCUGCACCACAAGCUGCUGUAGCUGUUGCAGAUUUAAAAUGUGCAGUUUCGUUAUGUGCGUGUCAUUUUUACACAGUGAGAGAGCUAGUAUCUCACUUAAAUGAUCAUAUUGGAGAGGGCAGGUCUGUGUUGUGUCCAGUAAGCGGUUGUAAGCACGUGUUUACAAAAAAGUCAUCAUUUACUUCUCACAUGUGUAGAAAGCAUAAAGCUUGCUCCCCUGAAAGUAUUGAUAACGUGCACAGAGAAACUUGCCCUCAGCCCCCUGAUGUCAUUGCCACCACAGAUGAUUUAGAAGACACGCAUGAAGCCAUGCCAACAACUAGUGCAGCCAGUGAUAUGCCAGAGAAUGAUAGUCAGUCUUAUCUUAGAAACAUGUGUCUCUUUUACCUGAAACUGCAAGGUCAGCUGCUUAUUCCUGCCUCUACUAUACAAACUAUUGUUGAGGAAAUGCAAAAUGUGCACGAGUUAGGUCAAGCCUACACAAUAACGAAAGUAAGUUCUUUAUUAAAAAAUGAUAUGAGCCUAUCAGAUGAAGCAGUUGCUAAAAUCUGUGACUGCAUUAAAGAGUCAGACUUGUUCUCUGCCUGUCAUCAGGGACAAUUAAGAUCAACAUACUCCAGAAAUCAGACAUUCACAAAAAUGUUUAAAUACACGGAACCCCAAAAAGUGGCAUUGGGAAUGGAUGAAAACAGGACACAAAAGUGGGCCUACUAUAUACCAGUGACAGAAACUCUAAAGAACUUUUUACAGUCACAUUUAGGGAGGAAUGUACAGUCACAACAGUUUGGAGAUCCUGAUGGAGAGGUUUUUAGGGAUUUAUAUGAUGGACAAAAUUUCAAAUUUCACCAGUUCUUUAAUGAAAACCCUAAGAGCCUCAAACUGAUUUUGUACCAAGAUUCAUUUGAAAUUGUGAAUCCCCUUGGUUCUGCUAAAAAGACACACAAAGUUCUUGCAGUCUAUCUUUCAUUAGCAAAUUUACCCAUUCAUUUGCGUUCAAAUACUGAUAAUAUGUUUUUAGUCUUGUUGUGUGUUGAGAGUGAUCUUAAGCGUUUUGGAAUAGCCAAGGUUUUUUCAGAGUUGUUGGCAGAUUUGAAAUCCUUGGAGACAGAUGGAAUAAAUGUAGAUGGAGAAACCGUAAAAGGUGGUCUUUACUGCCUUGCUGGGGAUAACUUGGGUUCUCACUGCUUAGGUGGGUUUACCGAGAAUUUCAGCUGCUCUCAAUAUUUUUGCAGGUACUGUGAAAUCAGAAGAACUGAGUUUGAGGCUGAUCCAAAUGCCUGUGGUCCUCCACGCACCCCAGAGAGAUAUGACGUGGCUGUUGCUGAUCUCCAGGCUGAAAACCUCCAAGACAUCAGAGGAAUAAAGGUGACAUUUCUUCUUCAAGGCAAAUAUGAGUGACUUGGGGCAAACCUUCCUAGAUGUUGCCAUCAUGGAAGUCCUACCAGAACUUGAAGAAGUAAACAAAAAUAUCCUGGAAGAGCACUUGCAGUCCAUUGGAGUCGAGACGUAUGAUGAUCUACGCUUCGUAACAGAGGCUGAUUUGAUGACAGCAUUAAGACCUAUACAAGCCAGAAAGCUUCUUUCCGUUUGGAAACAGAAAUGUAAGUACAAACAACACACAACUAUUUAAAAUCAAAAGCAGACAUGGACAUUGUGUAAUAUUGUGCUUUGAAUCAUUAUCUUCUUUUUUUUUUUUUUUUGCCAUUUAAAGACCAAACUCCAGAGAACAGCUCACUAUCAUCUGUGGAAGCCUCACCUAUCCAGUCGCUGUCAUCGCAGUCUGUUUCACCCCAAAGUUCAUCAUCAACCUCCUCCAUGAGCCCAACACUUGACACACAGUGGGAAGAAAACUUUGAAAUUCCAUG